AUGUCAUCGUUCAUACAGUUCCUAUCGGGUUUUGCUUUGCUAGCAACUGUCCUUUAUAGAGGCUGCCUUUCAAAGAAAAGGGAGUAUUUCAUCGCAGCAGUUGAGAUGGAUUGGAAUUACGCACCUACAGGAUUUAACAACCUUAAUGGAGUUCCACUGGAGGACGACAGUGAUGGGUCUCAAUUUACUGUGUCAGGCCAUCACAGGAUAGGACGGGUCUAUCGUAAGGUCCUUUACAGAGAGUUCACCGAUGGGACCUUCACGAAGCAAAAACCUCAUCCAAAGUACUUAGGACUGCUUGGUCCCAUAAUAAAAGCUGAAGUUGGUGAUACUCUAGAGGUUCACUUCAAGAACAUGGCCUCAGACCGCCCCUUCACGAUGCACCCGCAUGGAGUCUUUUAUGAUAAGGCCUCAGAGGGAGCCCUCUAUAAUGAUCAUACUCAGGGAGACCUGAAAGAGGACGAUCACGUUCAACCAGGUGGGAGACGUGUUUAUCUGUGGACAAUUCCAGAAACUCACGCACCGACUAAAAGUGAUGAGAACUGCCUCACUUGGGCGUACCAUUCACAUGUCAAACCCGCUCCAGAUAUCAACACUGGUUUAAUUGGGGCAAUCUUAACUUGUAAGAAGGGAACCUUAGAUGCAAACACUGGGGCUCGAACAGAUGUAAACAAGGAUUUCGUUGUGUUGUUUACUGUAAUGGACGAGAACAAGAGUUGGCUUCUUGAUAAAAAUAUCAAACAAUUUUGCACUGAUCCUGACGGAGCCAUGAAGAAAAAAACAGAUGGUGGAUUUGUAAAAAGCAAUAAAAUGUAUGGUAUCAAUGGCAGAGUGUUUGGUAACUUAGAAGGUCUGGAUUUGUGCCUUGGAGACAAAAUAAGCUGGCAUAUGGUAGGCAUCGGCACUGAUACUGACGUUCACGGAGCAUAUUUUCACGGCCAGACGUUUACAAUUGACAAACAUCUCAGAAGUGUUGCCACUCUUUUUCCUGCCACGUUUGUGACAGCAAGUAUGACCGCCAUAAAUCCGGGAACUUGGCUCUUGAACUGCAUGGUGACCAGUAACUACGACGGAGGGAUGUAUGCUUUGUUCAACGUAACCAAAUGUGACCGCGAUAUUAAAGUACCAAUCGCUAGCGGAGGUCGCACGCGAAGAUACUUUAUCGCUGCCGAAGAAAAGAUGUGGAAUUAUGGUCCUAGCGGAGUAAACCAAAUAACUGGAGAUGAUCUAUUAAAGCCCGGGAGUGAUUCUUCAAGGUACUUCAUUAAGAGCAACAACAGAAUUGGAGGCACCUACAAAAAAGCUCUCUUUAUCGAGUACACAGACGACACGUUUAUCACUCCAAAGAAUCGCACUGAAGAUGAAAUCCAUCUUGGUUCGUUGGGACCUGUUGUCCGUGGAGAGGUUGGAGACACUAUAGAGGUGGUCUUUCGCAACAAGGCGUCAAGAAACUACAGUGUUCAUCCAAUCGGAUUGCUUUAUAACAAAUCUAACGAAGGAGCAUUGUAUGAGGAUGGUACAUCCGGGAAAGACAAGGAUGAUGACGAAAUAAGGCCAAACGGAACGUUUACAUACAAGUGGACUAUACCCGAGGAAAUGGGUCCCAGAGAUACAGACGCACAGUGUUUAACCAGAAUGUACUUGUCAAGUGUGAACCCAACGAAGGACAGAUAUUCAGGUCUUUUUGGUCCCUUGCUGAUCUGCGAGAAAGGAAGUUUGGACUCCAAAAACAAGCAAAAGAAUGUGGAUAAGGAGUUUGUUCUACAUUUUGUUGUUACCUUAGAAAAAAAUUCCUGGUACUACGAUGAUAAUAAGGAACUGGCCGGCGAUCCAUCCUCUAUAGACGAAAGUGACGUGGCUUACAUUAACAGUAACAAGAUGCAUGACGUUAAUGGAUAUGUUUUCGGCAAUCAACAAGGUCUGCGCAUGUGCAAAGGAGACCGUGUGUCGUGGCACAUCAUGAGCGGAAUAUUGAUGCACAGCCCCUAUUUCUAUGGCAACACGGUCACCUUUAAUGGCAAAAGGGCAGAUGCUGUGGGGCAAAUACAAGGAUCUUUUGCAACAGUUUACAUGACUCCAGAUGACCCUGGGCAAUGGGAAAUAGUUUGCAAGACAACAAGUCAUUUAACUCUUGGAAUGCAAACAAAAUACACGGUCCUUGACAAUUGUGGGAACUCUUCAUCAGAGCAGACUACUGGUAAGGUGAGGCGUUACUAUAUCGCUGCUGUGGAGGAGAUCUGGGACUAUGCACCUACUGGUCGAGACAUCUUAGGAGGAAAACCACUGGAAGAAAGCGACGAAGCCAAAUCAUACACCACUAAUGGUCCAAAACGCAUCGGUCAUAAAUACAAGAAAGCGCGUUUCCAUGAAUUUACAGAUGACACCUUUACAACGAAGAAGGAAAGAAAGACUGACUAUGAAAAACACCUUGGAAUUAUGGGGCCAAUCAUUAGAGCGGAGAUUGGAGACACAGUGGAGGUUGUAUUGAAGAAUAUGGCUACGAAAAGUUAUUCGAUUCAUCCCGAUGGAUUAUUCUACAAGAAAAAGUAUGAAGGUUCGAAUUAUCAAGAUGGGACCACAGGGGAUGACAAAAACGAUAACGCAGUCGCCCCUGGGAUGCAGUUCAAAUAUGUGUGGCAAGUCCCUGAGCGAGCAGGACCAACACCGAAUGAAGACGACUGUUUGGCGUGGGCAUACUUCUCUGAUGCACAUGCGGUAACAGACUUCUACACCGGACUGGUUGGACCGCUUCUUGUUUGUAAAAAGGGAACACUUACAGAAGAAAAUUCUCGUCGGGGCGUGGAUCGAGAGUUCUUUCUGCUUUUCGCCACAUUUGACGAAAACAGGAGCUGGUAUCUGGACGAUAACAUUAAUGACUACUGCUCGGAUCCAGGUCCUAUUGAUGAACUGAAGAGCGAUCCUGGGUUCCAAUUGAGCAACCAGAACUACGCAAUCAAUGGUUUUCUGUAUGGAAAUUUACAAGGCCUUGAAAUGUACAAAGGAGAGAAGGUGGAAUGGUAUCUAAUGGGUCUUGGAGACUUGACAGAUGUCCACACAGUACAUUUUCAUGGACAGACCUUCCUUUAUAAAUCGACCACAAUGCACCGAGAGGACGUAUAUGACAUUUUCCCAGGAGUCUAUGCUACCGUGGAAAUGAUGCCCGACAGCGUAGGAGACUGGUUACUACACUGUCACGUGAACAAUCACUUGGCAGGCGGAAUGGAAACACUUUUCUCAGUCAUGGAAGCGACUGAAAAGCCAACAGUUUACAGCACGGCUUCCAAAGCAGAAUUCGACAGAAUAAUUUUCACGACUCUACUUGUUUUCAUUUUGUUUUUGCUUGCUGCUUGAUCCCAAAGUUCCUGGUUUUUCGACCAAAACGAGUUUCAGAUGAUGUUUUGAGCCCUUGGGUCUUUCUCAAGCAGCUAAGUAAUUCAAACAUUUAACAUAUAAAGUGUGUUACUGUAACCAGUGAGUUUUCACUUCCAUCAAGUGGAAGAAUCUAGACAUUUAUUCUUUUUUAACUUUCAUAAGCGUCUCGGAGUUUUGACAGGUUUUUAGGAGUUUCAUGGAGUCUAUCAUUUUUUAAACGUCAGAAUGAUCAUUUGGAACACUGAGUAAUUUGUUAGUUUUUUUAAUGGUAUUGUAUUACUUGCAAAUUAGUUGACGUUUGUAAAUUGUAAUCAAGUCACAGCUGUUUUCUUUUAGAGUAAAGGAAAGAGUGCACUUCAA